ACACAGUUCGGGAGUUCCCCCUUUCGCACUUGGCACGCUGACGUCAUGAUGUGUGUCGGCUUCAUUGACAACGUUAAUAAGUUAAAACGGGAUGACUUCAGACGUUGCCUGGAUUGUGGGAGGAUCUAUUUUCUUCCCGUCUGUCUUUUUAGUUGUGCGUAAAUGUUCAUUUUCACUGUUUUCAAAGAGUAAAAAUGAUGUCGAAGCGUCGUGUGCAGCAAUUGCAUUAAGAUGUACAUCUAUCAUUCAAGCCCUUCUUGCUAUAGUUGUGGGUAUCAACAUUAUCAGGGAAACUUAUCAAGAUGUUCUUUUCAGCCGAUGCUUGCUAGUUGAUAUCUAUUGCAGCUUCGGAGUUCCGUACAUGAUCUACGAUAUUGGUGCUAUGUAUAUCGUUCAUCGGGAGGAAAAAAAGUUGAAUGAUGCCCCCACCAGAAAGGCAAUAGCAUCAUUCUUGAACAAGCAGUGGGUACUAGUAUCUCAUCAUCUUGUGCUGGCAGCUGUGUUCUACCCUUUUGUAAUGCUUCUUCGCAAUGGAAAGGGUGAUUUCUUUGUGGGCUGUUUCUUCCUGGCAGAGUUAAGCACCCCAGCAAUCAACAUAAGAACCAUCCUCAUUAAGCUUGAUAUGGGAGACACACUUCUCUACAGAGUGAACAGCAUUACCUACCUAGUUAGUUUCUUCUUCUGUAGAGUCUUACUCUUUCCGUUCCUGUACUGGGCCUACGCCAACAACAAGGGGCUCUCCAUCUACGACACGUUCUCAACCAUGAGGGCGAUAUGCCACGUGGGUUGCGCGGCCCUUCUUGCCAUGCAGAUCAUGUGGUUUUACAAGUUCUUAAAAGUAGUGCUUCGUGAGAGGAAGGUCAGGGAUUCAAGUCCGUCCAAACAGAUAGGAAAUGGUAUGCAAGAUAAUAAUCUCACUGCUCCAUCAGUACGAAGUAUUGGCAAAGCCGAUUAACUUUGAUUAAAGGUCAGUUAGUGUUUUGGUAAGGGAAAACAAAUUGAAAUGAAGAAGAUGAAAGCAUUCUUAUAUUUUAUCGAAUGCAGGAACACAACAAUAUGCAAAACUGUUUUACAAUAUAUCAAAAAUUUCUUGGAGUUUAUCAUUUUAGCAAAUAAGAAUUAGUUUGAAACUUGGUCAUUCAAACUGUUCAUCGAGUCAAGCCAUCUACCAGUAAAUAUUGUCACACACCACUGUGUGUGCAGUGUGUUAGGACAAGCAUCUGUGACUUAUCAUCGUAUACACAGUGGUGUGGUUCCCUUGAUAAUCAUGUGUGAAUUUAAAUGGGGCAAGUGAUACUAGCAACCAAAGUUUCUGAAAUCGCACAUUUUAUGGACCAAAAAAUGAAAAUACUUUUUCAAACUGGCAUUUUAAAAAUAGCAAAUGCUUGUAUAACAUGUUUGAAACGACGUUCUUUCAAAUGACUCCAUAAUUUGAAAAAAAAUUGUUCACGUUAACAGAACUCAAUUUUCUCUUUACGGGUAAGUCUGAUUGAAGGUACUGUGCAAACAUUUUCAGCUUUCAAUUAUAUUGUCUAUGUCAGCAAUAAGAAUUUUACAGAGUUCUUGAGAUCAGAGAUUAUUUUGAGGUGAAAUAUAUAGUUGUGGAAUGAGUAUUUACAUUUUACUAUAUAUAUAUAUUUUUCUGCCUUUCAUUCUCUACGGUUAUGUGCCUUGUCUUUGUAUACUGCCACAUCUUCAUAUAAUAAGGGAUAGGAUUACAAGAGGAUUAUGACAAUAUUUUGAUUAAUAUAAAUCAGUCUAAUUUAAUGUAACAGCCAAAACAUACUCCGUCCUCUAAACCGACCCAAAUUAACAUUUCUUUGCUCGUCAGAGACCUUUGGCUGAUGGUCCCCCUCCCCUCAUGUCACAAACUAUUGGAUCUGCCUCUUAUGCAUGUCUUUGGAUUAUAAAACCAUAAAGUAAAUUAAUCUUUAAAUGAAAUUCAUUCAAGGUCAUCUGUGGCAUUGUAGCUGAAAUAUAAUAUCUGCAAUAUUCAGUGCAACCAUGGAAAUGUUUUUGUUCUGUCCAAUUUGUUUUCAUGUCCUGUUUUAUGCAAUAAGAUUUUUUUUUUUUUAAUUGCCAAAUCAAUUUUUUUUUUGGAUGUUGAAUAUGAUUUCUAGUUAGUUCUAGCAUCAUUUAUUCAGGACUCUUUUAAUAUUGUCCAAUUAUUAUGUCAGAGAAAUUACUAUGCUUGUUUGAUCAGUUUGUUGAUAUUGCACAAAGUUUGCCUCUUCAUUUAAAUGAAUGUAUAUCAGGGAUACCAUAAUGAGCCUAAGACCCCCCCCCCC